AUGUUGAAUGGUCAUUCUUCAGUCGAUCAAUCGAUCAAUGACUCGUUUCAGUCAUUCGAUUCGUCCGCUCCUCUGCCUGAGAUUUCGAAGGAAUUCUUGAAGAAAUUGACCGAAAGUGCUCAAAAAAUCGUGGAACGAGACGGGAAUUUGCCUCUUUUCACUUUCAUCAACACUGCAUAUAAAGAAUUAACGCUGAAUUGGCUUUGCAAUGUCGCUGAAUUUAAUAAUACUUUACAAAGGACAAUAAUCGUAGCAACGAGUGAAUUAUUUUGUCGGAAAUUGAAAAGUGAAUGGAAAGAGGUGAUUUGUCUCUCGCUACGACUCGGCGCAGAAUACGAGGGUUCAUUUGAAUGGGGUCGACAACAAUACGUCAAUCUUCUAAAGAUUAGGGCGAAAAUCAUGCUACAUCUUGUACAGAAAAAGUUACCCUUUGUGCUAUUCGAGACGGACGCGAUUUGGUUAAAAGAUCCGACUGAACUCUUUGAGAAUCGGACAUUCGUUGAUGAUGCCGAUAUCAUUGUGCCAACAAAAGGAUAUACACAUAAGGGAGACACAUAUUCUUUUGAUCCGAUGCUUGUUUAUCCAACAAAGGCAACGCUUUCGUUGUUCUUGGAAAUGACAAGAAGAUUGAUUAAACGAAAAAGAACAUAUGAUCAGGAUAUUCUGGAGGAAUUGUGCAAAAAUCAAUUCAAUGGAGUGAUUUGUCGACAAUUUGAAUGGAAUGAGAUUGCUGAUGGGAAAUGGUUUAAACUCUCGGAAAAUGAGCGUCUCCAAUAUAAACCCUACAUUGUCAAUAAUAACUACUAUGUUGGAGUCGACAAUAAGAUAGCUCGUCAAUCCAUCAACGGUUUAUGGUUUCUUUCGAAAAUGCACCGUUGUGUGGCGCUCAAAGUGCGGAAAGCACUCAAAAAAUAUAAUCAAACAAAAAAU